UGUGUUGUCAUCCUCCGAGCGACGGCCGGAGGCGGCGGCGGAGGCCCGGGCGGGGCGUUUGGUUUCGUUUCUGCACCGACUGGAAUUAGUGUCGACGGUCAAAAUGGGAGUCCCCAAGUUUUACCGAUGGAUCUCGGAGCGGUACCCCUGCCUCAGCGAAGUGGUGAAGGAGCAUCAGAUUCCAGAAUUUGAUAACUUGUACCUGGAUAUGAAUGGGAUUAUACAUCAGUGUUCCCAUCCUAAUGAUGAUGAUGUGCACUUCAGAAUUUCAGAUGACAAAAUCUUUACUGACAUUUUUCACUACUUGGAGGUGUUGUUUCGAAUUAUUAAACCCAGGAAAGUGUUCUUUAUGGCUGUUGACGGUGUGGCUCCUCGAGCAAAAAUGAACCAGCAACGUGGGAGGCGUUUUAGGUCAGCCAAGGAGGCAGAAGACAAAAUUAAAAAAGCAAUAGAAAAGGGAGAAACACUUCCUACAGAAGCCAGAUUCGAUUCCAACUGUAUUACGCCAGGGACUGAAUUCAUGGCCAGAUUGCAUGAACAUCUGAAGUAUUUUGUAAAUAUGAAAAUUUCCACAGACAAAUCAUGGCAAGGUGUUACCAUCUACUUCUCAGGCCAUGAGACUCCUGGAGAAGGAGAGCAUAAAAUCAUGGAAUUUAUCAGAUCCGAGAAAGCAAAGCCAGAUCAUGAUCCAAACACCAGACAUUGUCUUUAUGGCUUAGAUGCUGACUUGAUCAUGCUUGGAUUAACAAGUCACGAGGCACAUUUUUCUCUCUUAAGAGAAGAAGUUAGGUUUGGUGGAAAAAAAACACAAAGGGUAUGUGCACCAGAAGAAACGACAUUUCACCUCCUACACUUGUCUUUAAUGAGAGAGUAUAUUGAUUAUGAAUUUUCAGCAUUAAAGGAAAAGAUCACAUUUAAAUAUGAUAUUGAAAAAAUUAUAGAUGAUUGGAUUUUGAUGGGAUUUCUUGUUGGCAAUGAUUUUAUCCCUCAUCUACCUCAUUUACAUAUUAAUCAUGAUGCACUGCCUCUUCUUUAUGGAACAUAUAUUGCUAUCCUGCCAGAACUUGGAGGUUAUAUUAAUGAAAGUGGACAUCUCAACUUACAUCGAUUUGAGAGAUACCUUGUGAAACUAUCAGAUUUUGAUCGGGAACACUUCAGUGAAGUUUUUGUGGACCUCAAGUGGUUUGAAAGCAAAGUUGGUAACAAAUAUCUCAAUGAGGCAGCAGGUGCGGCAGCAGAAGAGGCAAAGAACUGCAAGGAGAAGAGAAAACCGAAGGGUCAGGAAAAUUCUUUAGGUUGGGCUGCAUUAGACAAAAGUGAAGGUGAAGGAGUAGCUUCUAGAGAUAACUUUGAAGAUGAGACUGAAGAUGAUGAUCUGUUUGAAACUGAAUUUAGACAAUAUAAAAGAACAUACUACAUGACGAAGAUGGGGGUCGACGUAGUAUCUGAUGAGUUUCUGGCUAAUCAGGCUGCCUGUUAUGUUCAGGCUAUACAGUGGAUCUUACACUAUUACUAUCAUGGAGUGCAGUCCUGGAGCUGGUACUAUCCCUAUCAUUAUGCACCCUUCCUAUCUGAUAUCCGCAAUAUCAGUACACUCAAAAUCCAUUUUGAACUAGGGAAACCCUUCAAGCCAUUCGAGCAGCUGCUUGCUGUACUUCCAUCGGCUAGUAAAAAUUUGCUUCCUACAUGCUACCAGCAUUUGAUGACNAGUGAAGACUCUCCAAUUAUAGAAUAUUAUCCACCUGAUUUUAAAACUGAUCUAAAUGGGAAACAACAGGAAUGGGAAGCUGUGGUAUUAAUACCAUUUAUUGAUGAGACACGAUUAUUGGAAGCCAUGGAGACAUGUAACCACUCCCUCAAAAAAGAAGAGAGGAAAAGAAACCAACACAGUGAGUGCCUAAUGUGCUGGUACGAUAGAGACACAGAGUUCACCUACUCCUCUCCAUGGCCAGAAAAGUUCCCUGCCAUAGAACGAUGUUGUACAAGGAAAGUAGAAAGUGAAACAGUGUCUGAGUUUCAUUGCAGUUCAUUGAGUAUAGAGAACAUAGCUUCGGCGGUGCUGGGAAAGUCAGUCUUUGUUAACUGGCCUCAUCUUGAAGAAGCUAGAGUUGUGGCAGUAUCAGAUGGUGAAACUAAGUUUUACAUAGAAGAACCUCCAGGAACACAGAAGGUUUAUUUGGGGAAAACUGCCCCACCAUCUAAAGUCAUCCAACUUACAGAUAAAGAACAAUCGAACUGGACUAAAGAAAUACAAGGAAUUUCAGAACAAUACCUAAGAAGAAAGGGAAUAAUAAUAAAUGAAACAUCUGCUGUUGUGUAUGCUCAGUUGCUCACGGGUCGUAAAUAUCAAAUCGGUCAGAAUGGUGAAGUCCGUCUAGAAAAACAGUGGUCAAAACAGAUUCUUCCUUUCCUUUAUCAAACUAUUGUUAAGGACAUCCGAGCUUUUGACUCUCGUUUCUCCAAUAUCAAAACAUUGGAUGACUUGUUUCCACCGAGAAGUAUGGUCUUUAUGCUUGGAACUCCUUAUUAUGGCUGCACUGGAGAAGUUCAGGAGUCAGGAGAUGUGAUUACAGAAGGGAGAAUCCGUGUGGUUUUCAGCAUUCCUUGUGAACCAAAUCUUGAUGCUUUAAUACAGAAUCAGCAUAAAUACUCUAUAAAGUACAACCCAGGAUAUGUGUUGGCCGGUCGCCUUGGAGUGAGUGGAUACCUUGUUUCAAGGUUUACAGGAAGUAUUUUUAUUGGAAGAGGAUCUAGGAGAAACCCUCAUGGAGACCAUAAAGCAAAUGUGGGUUUAAAUCUCAAAUUCAACAAGAAAAAUGAGGAAGUCCCUGGCUAUACCAAGAAAGUGGGGAACGAGUGGAUGUACUCAUCGGCAGCAGAGCAGCUCCUCGCAGAGUACAUCGAGAGAGCACCAGAACUGUUUAGUUACAUAGCAAAAAACAGCCAAGAGGAUGUAUUCUAUGAAGAUGACAUCUGGCCUGGAGAAAAUGAGAACGGGGCUGAGAAAGUUCAAGAAAUUAUUACUUGGCUAAAAGGGCAUCCUGUCAGUACUCUGUCUCGGUCUUCUUGUGACUUACACAUUCUGGAUGCAGCCAUUGUUGAAAAAAUCGAGGAAGAAGUUGAGAAGUGCAAGCAAAGAAAGAGCAACAAGAAAGUCCGAGUGACAGUGAAGCCCCAUUUGCUGUACAGACCCUUAGAGCAGCAGCAUGGAGUCAUUCCUGAUCGGGAUGCCGAGUUCCGGCUCUUUGAUCGCGUUGUGAANGUGAGAGAGAGCUUCUCCGUGCCAGUCGGCCUUCGAGGCACCGUCAUUGGAAUUAAAGGGGCUAGCAGAGAAGCUGAUGUACUAUUUGAAGUAUUAUUUGAUGAGGAAUUUCCUGGAGGCUUAACAAUAAGGUGCUCACCUGGUAGGGGAUACCGACUGCCAACAAGUGCCUUGGUGAACCUUUCUCAUGGGAGUCGGUGUGAAACUGGAAACCAGAAGUUGACAGCCAUUGUGAAACCACAGCCGUCUGUGAGUCACUGUAGUGCAGCUCCNUCCGGGCACUUGGGAGGCCUCAACCACUCUCCUCAGUCGCUUUUUCUUCCUACUCAGGUACCUACAAAAGGUGAUGAUGAAUUUUGCAACAUUUGGCAAUCUCUACAGGGAGCUGGAAAAAUUCAACACUUGCAGCCGGCAGUACAAGAGAAGGGUGCAGUUCUACCUCAAGAAAUAAGUCAAGUACCUGAAGCUCAUAAAUCAGGCUUUACUGACCACAGUGUCAGACAUCAGCAAAGAAAACACGACUCUCAACGAAAAUUUAAGGAAGAAUAUAAAAGUCCUCAAGCUGAGUGUCAGAGUCAGAAGUUGUCCAGUAAACAGACUUGUGGAGGGUCUGCCAGAUGUGAUAUUAAACUAUUGAAGAGAAAUGAAAGUCCAGGAGCGUCAGGAACCCGGAAGGCUGUAACUAGUUACCCGAGUGCAGUGCACAAGCCUCCCUCUGGAAUUGAGAACUUUUUAGCAUCUUUGAAUNUCUCUAAGGAGAGUGAAGCACAGUUACCUCAGCAUGGAGAGCCUCCAGACGAGGCGGAUUUGUCCCCGCAGUCCUUUGCUAUGAAAGGAACACGGAUGCUUAAAGAAAUCCUGAAAAUUGAUAGCCCUGACACAAGAGACAGCAAGAAUGAUAUGAAGAAAUCUGAUAAUGAAGCCACUGUUUCUUCUAGAAGAGACGAGCGUGGAAUGUCAUCACAUCCUAAGCUAAGUAAGAAGCUGACAUGCCAUAUGAACAAGCCUCAUGGGACUAAUGAGUUCCAAAAUGUGGCAUCGGUNGACAGUGUGUGUUGGCCAGGCCAGAUGCCUCCUGUGUCCACACCAGUAACUGAACUUUCUCGAAUUUGUUCCCUUGUUGGAAUGCCACAACCUGAUUUCUCCUUUCUGCGAACAACACAGACAAUGACAGUUUGUCAGGUAAAAUUGUCUAAUGGCUUACUGGUACAUGGGCCACAGUGCCACUCUGAAAGUGAAGCCAAGGAGAGAGCUGCUCUUUUUGCUUUACAGCAACUGGGCUCCUUGGGUGUGAGUUUUCCUUUGCCUCCACCCAUAUUUACAAAUUAUCCUCCUGCGGUGCCACCUGGAGCCGUCCCUCCUGUUUUUACCCAACCUACUGCUAAUAUAAUGCCUUCAUCGUCUCAUCUCUUUGGCUCAGUGUCAUGGAGACCACCAGUGCCAGUUGCUGGGAAUGCCUUCCACUAUCCUUCAUAUCCUGGAGCCAUGCCCUUGGCUGGAGGAGUGCCAGGCGGAGUGCACAGUCAGUUCAUACCUCUGCAGGUUACCAAAAAAAGAGUUGCAAACAGAAAGAAUUUUGAGAAUAAGGAGGCCCAGAGUUCUCAGGCCACACCACUUCAGACUAACAAGCCAGGGUCUUCUGAAGCCACCAAAAUGACUCCACAAGAAAGUCCACCAGCCUCUUCAUCGUCCUCUCAGGCUGCCCAGCCCGUGUCUCCUCAUGUUGAAACUGCCUCCCAAGGCCAUGUUGGGUCCCAACUGAGGUCAGCGCCAAGCUCCUCAAGAAGGAAGUCGAGAAAACUGGCCGUCAACUUCAGCGUUUCUAAACCUUCGGAAUAAAUUUGGUACCUGGGAAUUCAUUUCUUUUAUCUCCAUCUACUUUUUUAUAAACUGAUAUCUAUGUGUCAGAAAUGUACAAUUUUAGGGUAUGUUUAGAUUAAAUAUUUUUUAUUUUUAAGUUACCAGGCACUUUUCAUGCUAUUUAAGACUAUGUAUCAAAUUGUGCACUUUAAAUAUGUGCAAUUUGUUGUACAUCAGUGAUACCUCAAUAAAUCUGUAAAAAAAAGAAAAAUUAAACCUUGUAUUAAAAUAAAUAGCAAACUGAGCAUGGUAAUAACCUAUGAGCAUCAUGCUUUAGAAUCUGAGACAGAAGGAUUGCCAUAUAUUCACUGUGUGGGACUACAUAGUGAGUUCCUGGCCAGACCUUGCUUCAAAAACCAAAAACUACAGUAAAUAUGAGUGGUCUGAAUGUUAAAAUGUACCACUCUAACCAUUGGCUUCCUCAUUAGAAGGAUCCUUGAACUAUAAAUUAGUCAUUAUCUUAUCAUAAUAACAAGCUUUUUUACACUAUUAUUGAGGGAUAACUAAAUGCGGCAUGAAUUAGGCCUUGUAAUUUCCUAAGUAUGGGUUUUAUUUGUUUGUAAUGAUGGAACAACAUGACUGGAGAGUGGCCUGCACUCUGUUCACAGCUGUCUGUGGCCAAAGUCAGUCCCUCGGAUGCUCUGGAGCAAGCACGCACACCAGCAGUGGCCAUGGAGCUAUUGAGCUAGCUGGUGCGGCAGUGCUGCUUUGUUCUAAAUCUUGUACCAAAGCAACUUUAGAAGAUUCUCCAGAGCAUUCGUCUGACUGCUUCAAACUAGGAAUAGCAAUCUAGAUUUGAAAAAUAACGAAUUUUUUUAGAUUAUUCAAAAACCAGCAUUCAGAAUUCCUAAUAAAAUUAAGUUUCAAAAUCUCCAGGGUACAGUGAUUACAAAUCAGUCUUUAAUAGAGUACAGUACAGAACGUUAAUCACUAUGCUUUUUUAGGCUUCUUGGGUUAUAUUUGCUUUGUUGAUAUUUUUUUUUCUUUUGAGACGGGGUCUUGCUGUGUAGUCCUGGCUGGCCCGGUACUCAUGGCAAUCCUCCAUGUUCUGAGAUUCCAGCAUGUGUCACCACACCUCCUUGUGUGGCUUUUUCUCUGCUUACUUCACAUAUGUGAAAACUCAUUGUGGGUCUGUGUGUAGAGCUUCCUGGGACUGGUAAAAAUGUAAACUUUUUAACAAUUCCAACAUGUCUUUUUGUGUGGACGUUGUUUACUACCUGUCCCGUUCUGGUUGUGCAUUUUAGCAUCUACUGAACUGCUCAGUGCUGUUGCAUUUUGUCUCUGCGUGUCACUCUUGGGUGUGUGUUGUUCACACUGUUGAAAUGAUUUAGAAUUUAUGAAAUUUUCUCAAGGACAUGAUGGCGUGCAUUUAUAUAUAAACAUGUUUAUCUUUUAGUUUUGUGAUAUGCUUAUAUUUUUAAAGAGUAAAAAUGAUCAUACUUGUUCAAAAGUAGGAGCGCGUCUUUAUAUGGAGCUGCUUACUGUGUGUGACUUAAUGCAGGUCAUGGGAACUCUGCCAUAAGUCUUACAAUAGUCUUACAAAUAGUCUUACAAAUGCUGCUGUUGAAUUCCUUUCUGUGCUAGUUUCAGUGUUUCUCUAAGCGAUGGCAGGAUGUAUGGAUACUAGUAGUGCCUUUAGUGUAAGAGGGAAAUGAUUGCUAUCUUUAUUUUCUAUGGUCAUGUGAAUUUCUGUAACUGUGUCUUCUGUUACUAGAAACUUCUUGCUGGGGCACUGUGGGAAGGUUCAGGCCAUUCUCGGUGUUUGCCUUUGUUGCUCGNAAACUCUGGUUUCAAGGGAAGCAUCCAUUGCAGACANGAGGGAAGUUAGGCUGUGUCGAUGCUAUAGUAACUCCUCCCAAGAGCGUUGAAAUGUGUAGUAUUUGUUACCUCCCUUACGUUUGCUGCACACUUGCUCACUCCUGUGGAAUAAACUCACCAUGCUGCACAACCAUGUCCCCUGUAGAAACAGACGAAGGAGUUGUUCUGAAAAUUUCCUGAGAAAUUUGAGUAAACACAAUGCCAUUGAACCUGUGAGGAUUUUUUCUCUAAAAACUGAGCACAACAAGCUAGUAAUUCUGUACGGAAAGCCAGUAAGAGUAUUUGACCUUCUUUUUAAAAAUAGAAAGCAAAUUCUAAGAGUCAAGCUUGCAAAGAAAAGGAGAGGAUUCCGUCCUGGCAGAUAGGGAGCAGCAGCAGAGCUCUGAGGACACUGGAUCUCCUGACACGUGUCUGAGGGGGUGGAGCACAUCUCUGAAACAUACAUGGGCUGUGGCGACUGUAUAGCUGGUUGGGAUNAGUCAGUCUGAAACCACCCUCGAGCUUUUGAAAUAUGUUCACUUGGCUACUGAAUCUAAGACCCUUUGGAAAUGGUGGACUGUGGUCCCAGAAGGAACUUUCCCCCAGAUUGUCUGUUUCUGACCUGGAAUUCAAGGCAGGCAGGCAGUAAUGAAGUCUGGAGGUAUUUCCCGCCUUCGGUGAUGAGCAGAAGGAAGGUGUUGCUGCCUCUUAACGUGUACUCCAUUCCCACACCGAGAGUCACGUGCUCACUUUAUGACUAGAGAGUUCUGGAGUCUUGGCUCUAGGGGAGGAGGCGAGGAGACAGGUGAGAUGCA